AUGCUUGCAUCUAGGCCCUAUUCUGUUUCAGCUAGCAGGUCAGCCAGGUAUCCAAUAUCACAGGCUCGGACUCCUCCUCUUUGGAGGGGCCUCUCCCCGAGGUCGAGGUUCUUCUGGAUCGACGCAAUAUGCGUCGAUCAAUCCAAUACCCUGGAGCGAAACGCACAGGUCGCCAUUUUUGCAGAUCUGUUCCGCGCAGCGCAGAGCGUAACCGUCUGGCUAGGCCCAGAGGACCAAUUCACAGACGAUGCGCUUGCGGCAGUCGAGGCCAUCUCGCCAUUGAUGGCCCUCUCUGCGGCCGACACAACCAGGGAGUCCCGGCGGGCUUGGGAUGAUAUCAGCUACACCGACUUCUUCGACGAGGGCUGGGCAAUGUCACUCACCGCCAGUGGCUGGGUCUCCUCGCACUGCUCAGCCGGCCCUGGUUCCAGAGGGCCUGGGUCGUACAGGAACUCGCGCUCGCGAGACAGGCUAUGGUCGUCUGUGGGGAACGCAUGGUAUAAUGCUCUGAAACAAUUUCCCGAUCCUGAAGAUGAGGCCGGCGAUCUCGAGCAGAGUGGCAGUACCUUUGGCUCCGUAUCGCUCGACCGGCUUAUGUCAGUACAUCGCGACAAGCUCGCUACCGACCCUCGAGAUAAGGUUUAUGCUUUUAUUGGCCUCGCAGACACAAAGACGGAGGUAUGCGGAUCGCCAGCGAGCUCUAUUCGCCCGGAUUAUGAGCUUCCGGUCCAGGACGUCUACACGCGCGUCAUGGCGCAGCUCCUGCUCGCUAACCGCGACCUACAUUUGCUCUCUCACGUCCAGGACCCAAGCCUUACAAAGCUUGAGGGCCUGCCGAGCUGGGUACCUGAUUUCAGUGUGAUGCUGGCCCCCUACCCGCUGAGGUUCCGAGGGGCCGUCUCCUGGUCGGCAUGUGGGGACACCCGGUGGCAGCCGCCGCCGAGUGACGAGGACAUGAAACGAGGGAUACUGCAUGUUCAAGGAUCAAAUAUCGGGGUCGUCGAGGAGACUGCCCUGUUAAAAGACGAGGUGGAAUGCUCCGCGGAGUAUUGGUCCAGCAUUGUGAAUCUGGCACUGAGCCUAGACGAGCAAUAUCCCGAUCUUCCCAACUGGACCACCGACUGGAGAAAGCCUAAGCCGGCGCCUCACUCUCGCCUCGAGGCCUUCACCUAG